AUGGAUCGAAAAUGGAUGCUUGCUAGGCGUACUAGUGAUGAAUAUGAGAAAAGGGUGGAGGAAUUUAUUAUAUUUGCUAUUGAUCAUGCUGAAGAUCCGAGUCGUAUUUUGUGUCCAUGUAUCAAUUGCAACAACAUGGUCCGACAUAACGUUGAGGAUGUGAGAAUCCAUUUGGUGGUGAACGGAAUUAUUCAAACAUACAAGUGUUGGAUAAAACACGGUGAGACAUUAGAGGAUUUUCCUUCUUAUGUGAGUAAUGAGAUGUAUGGUGAGAUGUAUGGUGACACAGAAAAUGAUGAAACAGAAGCUGAUGAAAUGGAAGAGGAUUUGGAUGUGGAUCGUUUAGAAGAAAUGACACAUAUCUUAGGGAAGAACAUUGAAGGUGGUUCUGAAAUGUUUGAGACCUUGAGUAAUGAUGCAAAGACACCGUUGUACCCUGGGUGUACUAAAUUUAGCAAAUUAUCUGCUGUGCUAAAGCUUUAUAACCUGAAAGCACGUGGUGGAGUGCCGGAUGAUAUUUUCACAGGCUUUCUUAAAUUGGUGAAAGAGAUGCUGCCUGCUGAGAAUGUGCUCCCUGAUCGAAAUUAUGAGGCAAGGAAGAUGUUAAGCUCCGUCGGCAUGGGUUAUGAAAAAAUCCAUGCAUGCCCUAAUGAUUGCAUUUUAUAUCGAAAGGAAUAUGCAUCAUUAGAAAAUUGUCCAGAGUGUAAUACUCCACGGUACAAGAACAAAAAGGUUCCAUCCAAGGUUAUGUGGUAUUUUCCAAUAGUACCCAGAUUUAGACGCCUAUUUAGCAUUGCAGAAGAGGCAAAGAAAUUGACAUGGCAUGCAGAUGAGAGAUUGAAAGAUGGUUUACUUAGACACCCAGCCGAUUCUCCACAAUGGAUCAAGAUUGACAAUGACUUUGAAGAUUUUGGGAGUGAAGAUAGAAAUUUGCGUCUCGCCCUUGCCGCUGAUGGGAUGAAUCCUUUUGGUAAUCAGAGUUGCAAUCAUAGUACAUGGCCAGUGAUUUUGAUGAUCUAUAACCUUUGUCCUGACUUGAUAAUGAAACGAAAGUGGAAAAAAGCUUUUAAUGGGGAAAUUGAAGAAGGUACUCCUCCAGUGCCGCCAUCAGGAGAUGAAAUACUUGAGAAAAUGCAGAAGUUGGAUGUUAAGCUUGGGAAGUUAAACGCGAAAAAUGUUCCCAGUACCGGGCACAAAAAGUUGUCAAUAUUCUUUGACCUUUCGUACUGGAGGACCUUGCAUGUUAGACACUUCCUUGAUGUCAUGCAUAUUGAGAAAAACGUUUGUGAAAGUCUUAUAAGUACUUUACUUAAUGUGCCUAGUAAGACUAAAGAUGGGGAGGCUUCUAGACUAGACUUGGUUGACUUGGGGAUUAGAGCAGAAUUGGCACCAAUCAAGCGUAAUAGUCGUACAUAUCUGCCACCAGCGUGCUAUACUCUAUCUAGAAAGGAGAAAAUUGCUUUUUGUGAGUGUCUUUAUGGAGUUAAGGUUCCCGAGGGUUAUUCUCCUAACAUAAAAACACUUGUAUCAAUGAAAAACUUGAAGCUAAUUGGCUUAAAGUCACAUGAUUACCACAUUCUUAUGGAGCAUCUUCUUCCGUUGGAAAUGUAUUUUCCGCCAUCAUUUUUUGACAUUAUGAUACAUUUGACUGUACAUUUGGUUAGAGAAGUUCAGCUAUGUGGACCUGCUUAUUUGAGAUACAUGUACGCCGUUGAGAGAUUUAUGAAAAUACUGAAGGAUUAUGUCCACAGUGGAAGUCGACCAGAAGGUUGCAUUGUUGAACGCACCUUGAUUGAAGAAGCUCUUGAGUUUUGUAUUCACUAUCUUUCUAAUGUCGAUGCAAUAGGGCUUCCAAAGCCUAGGGAUCCUGGAGGGUUUCAAGGAAAGGGGAUUGUUGGAAAAAAAGUGGUGUCUUUAUCUCAUGAAUAG